CUUCAACAAAUAUCCCCCCUGCUUUCCUCCCUUCAUUUUUCACUCACCGAUUAAACCCCUGAAUCGCCGGACGGAAUCGCUCCGACUCACCUAUGACGACGUCAAUUGGCGCAGCCAACGCCGCCACGGCUGCGGCCGCCGGUUUGAUCGGCAGUAAAGAAGCCGCCAAGCUCCAGCUUCCGAGCUUCGGCGGCUUGAGGAGCACCGGAAAUGCUGUUACGUCUUCCAAUUCGCUUCUCCUCAGCAAACGGAUUGGUGUUCUUCAUUCGGUUUCCGCUUCUUCAAUAGUUCGAGCCGUUUCUACGCCUGUGAAGCCAGAGACUCAAAAAGAAACCAAGAGAAGUAAGGUUGAGAUCAUCAAAGAACACAGUAACUUUAUCAGAUAUCCCCUGAAUGAGGAGUUAACCACGGAGGCCCCCAACAUUAAUGAGUCUGCAGUACAAUUGAUUAAGUUUCAUGGAAGCUAUCAGCAGUACAAUAGGGAGGAGCGUGGAGGAAGAUCUUACUCGUUUAUGCUUCGAACAAAAAACCCAUGUGGUAAAGUUUCGAAUAGGCUUUACCUUGUCAUGGAUGAUCUUGCUGAUGAGUUUGGUAUUGGAACUCUUCGUUUGACUACUAGGCAAACGUUUCAGCUACAUGGUGUCUUGAAAAAAGAUCUCAAGACGGUCAUGAGUACGAUAAUUAAUAACAUGGGAUCAACACUUGGUGCUUGUGGUGAUCUUAAUCGUAAUGUUUUGGCUCCAGCUGCUCCAUACGUAAGGAAAGAUUAUCUCUUUGCUCAGGAAACUGCUGACAAUAUUGCUGCCUUGCUCACUCCACAGUCAGGAUUUUACUAUGAUAUGUGGGUGGAUGGGGAGAAGGUUUUAUCCGCAGAACCUCCUGAAGUUGUAAAGGCUCGGAAUGAUAAUUCCCAUGGAACAAACUUUCCCGAUUCACCUGAACCUAUAUAUGGAACUCAGUUCUUGCCAAGGAAGUUCAAAAUUGCUGUUACAGUACCAACUGAUAACUCAGUUGAUCUUUUUACCAAUGACAUUGGAAUUGCAGUUGUAACUGAUGAUGAUGGAGAACCUAAGGGUUUCAAUAUUUAUGUUGGUGGUGGUAUGGGUCGGACACACAGGUUGGAAUCCACAUUUCCUCGUCUGGCAGAACCUUUGGGUUAUGUGCCAAAGGAGGAUAUACUGUAUGCUGUAAAAGCUAUUGUUGUUACUCAGAGAGAAAAUGGAAGAAGGGAUGACCGCAAGUACAGUAGAAUGAAGUACUUAAUUAGUUCCUGGGGCAUUGAGAAGUUUAGGUCUGUUGUGGAGCAAUACUAUGGAAAGAAAUUUGAACAAAUCCAUGAUUUACCAGAAUGGGAAUUCAAGAGUUAUUUGGGAUGGCAUGAACAGGGAGAUGGCGCUCUAUUUUGUGGUCUUCAUGUUGAUAAUGGUCGGGUUAAAGGGUCAAUGAAGACAACACUGAGGGAAAUCAUUCAAAAAUACAACUUGGACGUUCGUAUUACACCUAACCAGAAUAUCAUUUUGUGUGGCAUCAAACGUGCUUGGAAACGCCCCAUCACUACAGCUCUGGCACAGGGUGGCUUGUUGCAACCCCGAUAUGUAGAUCCACUCAACCUGACCUCAAUGGCCUGCCCAGCUUUUCCACUAUGCCCUUUGGCAAUAACUGAAGCUGAGCGUGGAAUACCUGACAUUCUAAAGCGUGUGCGAGCUGUAUUUGAAAAGGUCGGUCUCAAGUACAAUGAAUCUGUUGUAAUAAGGAUUACUGGUUGCCCUAAUGGAUGUGCUAGGCCAUACAUGGCUGAACUUGGCUUUGUUGGUGAUGGUCCAAAUAGUUAUCAGCUUUGGCUUGGAGGAAACAGCAACCAAACAUCAUUAGCUAAAGCCUUCAUGGACAAGGUUAAGCUUCAUGAUCUCGAGAAAGUUCUGGAGCCCUUAUUUUUUCACUGGAAAAGAAAGCGAUUGUCAAAGGAAUCAUUUGGUGACUUCACAAUCCGUUUGGUGAGCAAUACCUUUCACCUUCUGAAGUUGCAUUUCCCCCUCCUCUUUGCAUCAAAUUAACCCUUACGAUCUUUGAUUCAUUUGCUUGCUAAGAUGGGGUUUACGACACCUCUCUGUUGAGGGUGUUUGAACGUACUAAAUUUCUCAUCCCUGGCUAUUUAAAAUAAUAAUUUUGUCAUUGUGAAUUUUGCUUUCAGGGUUUUGAGAAACUUAAAGAGCUAAUUGACAAAUGGGAAGGAGUGCCAGAGUCCUCUUCCAGGUACAAUUUGAAACUGUUCUCUGAUAGGGACACUUAUGAAGGUAUGGAUCAACUGGCAAAGCUUCAAGGUAAGUCCGCCCAUCAGUUGGCAAUGGAAGUUAUCCGCAAUUAUGUUUCUUCUCAGCAAAAUGGAAAGAGUGACUGAAUCAAUCAAGGUUAAGCUGUUAAUUUUUUUGCAAUGAGUGGGGGCUAUUUGUCUCUUGGUACUGCUGUUAGCCUUUUUAGAUUUGUUCAAAUCAGUGGCAGUGUUUCUGAUGUAAGAGAGUAUUCAAGAGGUUCUUAGCUUGUGAGGAAGUUUUGUUUUUCGGCUGUCAUCAGAAACCUAUUAAGCACAUGCUGAUGUGUAGUGGAUUUUUUUUUUUUUUUGCGGUCUUGAUACAUUUUUCGAAAGUUGAAUGUCGUCUGAUUACCUUUUUGCUCAAGUCAGAAAUCUUCUUUAGUUACUGAAUUUUGUAGAUUUUCUUGGUCAAAAUUUUUUGAAAUUUUGCAAUCACUUCCACGCUAUCACUUUCGGGCCUCUGGUUUUGAGCUUUAGCUAAACAAACCUCAGAAUUUGAUGGCCACUUUCGGUAGGCUUCAUUGCAAAUUUUCCUCCUCGACGCGAGAUCACAUUUUAGUAACGGAGAAAUGAACUUUAUUUCUUUUUUUCAAUUACAUUCACGAUCUCAUGAUUAAUAUUCUCGACCCAACCCACCUGCACCACAAAUCCAUCAGACUUUGGUAGACCUAAAUAUUACAUUAGAUUUGUAUGGAGAUGGAGACUAUAAUCUUAAAUAUCAGAACAGUCUGAUCACCUAUGAAUAUGAUCGUGGUCAUUUGUACUUGAUAAAU